CUUCCUCCCGGCGCCGCCGCCGCCUUCCUCCCGGCGCCGCCGCCUUCCUCCUACUGCCCUCCUCCCACCGACACCUAUUCUCGUCCUCGCAUCCACAGCAGUCCGGCAGAACCUCCGCCCUUGUCGGCUGCCCCCUGGCUCGUCACACUGUUGCCUCCGCCCUUGCUGCUGCCGUCUCGCGGCGAUCUCCGCCCCUGCCGCAAGUCACCCCCCUCUGCCCCUGCCACGAGGUCAUCGAUUACCCCUGCCACUAGCCUCCUCUCCUUACCUCUUUCGGUGUGGCCGGAGCGAGUCGUAUUCAAGGAUCUUGCCGGAGAAAAUCUGCUGGUCGGAGUGGAGUGGCUGCUUGAAAAGGAAGAGAGAGAUAGAAAGAGAGAGAUAGGAAGAGAG